AUGGCCAAGACUAGAGCUGCCGCCCGGGCCGAGGGUCAGCAAGAGGAUCAGGCGCUGGCCAAAGAAACCAAGGUCUCCAAUGACAGGGUCACCAAGCCCAAGCGGGAGGUCAAGACGAGACAGCCCAGAGCCACGGCAGGCAAGAAGGCGGCCGAGGAACAGGAGAAGUCAAGCCCCGAGCCCGAGAAGGAGGUCAGAAGGAAGAGGAAAUCCGAUGUCGCUUCUCCUGCGGCCGCCGCCGCCGCCGCCGACCAGGAGGAGACCAAGAAGGAAACCCAGAAAUCCCCAGCAGUCUCCAAGGAACAGGCCGACCAGGUCAUGAAAGAGAACGAUGGUGCCCCUAAUUCCCCAAAACGUACCCCAAAACGUACCUCAAAACGUAACUCGAAGGCGCCAUCGUCCCCAGCAUCGCCGAAGGAGCCAAAGGGCGCUUCUACUUCGGGAGCUGACAAGAUGGAUGUGGACGUUCCCAAGUCCCCCUCCCCUACCAAAGCCGAGCCGACAUCCAAAGAGGUGCCGACUGCGGCCGGUUCUGACUCGGCUUCCAGGCCUUCGAGUCCUGAUAGCUCCGCAAAAGCUCCUGAGCCGACAGCCGACGGGGAGGAGAAAGCCGAGCCGAAGCCGAAGAAGAGAAGAAGGAAUUCGAGAAGGGAGAAGGAAGAGAUGAAGACCAAGAAGAGAAAGGAGCCGAGCCCUCGUAUGCAAGCAAAGAGGCUGAGGCGAAAGGAAAGACGUAUGGCAGAGAGAAUUGCCAAGAAGAUGGUGGAAAUGGGCAAUAUAGGUUUUGAUCAGCCUACCAAAGAGGACGACACGGAGCAAAACGGCACAAACGAGCAAAACCGCAAGGGGCGGCGACGCCUCCGGCUCAUUGAGCAGCAGCGCAAGGCGCUCCAAAAGGCGCUUAACCUGGGUCCCGGUGAGACAUCGGAGCAGCUCGAGUCUCAGCUGGAGCGGUGGACCGAAAAUUGGGACACGGCAGCGGCGAUGCGUGCAAUCAAGAAGUUGCAGAAGAAGCAGAAGCUGAUGGCCAAGGAGCACGCCAAACGCAUAAGAACUAUGCAACUGAAGAAGGAGAAAGCCGCGAUGGACGCGAAAGCUGUCAAACAAGAGAAGAUAAAGCAAAUGGGGGACAAGAUGUCAGAGAAGCCACACCUGAAACUGAGAUGA